AUGGAAAUAUGGUAUGUCUUUGAGAUCCUUAGCGGAGUGGGGUCCAUAUUUCAUCUAAUGGCUCUAAGCUGGGAUCGACUGUGUGCCAUUGUAUGGCCGCUGAAGCAUCGUUCAUACACUAAAACGAAAUAUCUGGUUAUAAUCUUCGUAGCUUGGUCAGUGGCAACGCUAGUGUCAGGGCUCUCUGUAACUGGAAAUAGGAAUUCGCCACAAGCGUACAACAUGACAGUUAUUUGCCUGUGUUUCUUCCUGCCUCUUGUUCUGAUCUUUUUAGCCCAAGGAAUAACUUUGGUCACUAUCAAACGCAACAUUGCUAAAUUUCACCAUAGCUCCAGCCUGAAGCGGGAUGUCAGAGCGACUAAAACAAUUCUUAUCAUGAUAGGCUUGUUUUUGAUUGCCUGGCUGCCAUUCUUUUCUUUGGGUUUGGUUCGUUUCAUACAAGACGACCACUCUGUAUUACCCGCAAACGCAAUCUUUGCAGUCAAAAUGUUGCAAUACAGUAAUUCACUUUUUAAUCCCAUUCUUUACGGGCAAAAGUUUCCAGAAUUCAGAAAAGCAUACAUAAUGAUUUUAUGUUCUGCCAAAAGUGAUGGUGACAGCGCACGGUUUGCAAUUUCUUCAUCAGUAAACACAAAUAACUUUGGAACUUCUUCGUCCACUAUUCGUGGGUUAUGUCCUCCUCCACAAAGAUCUCACAGAUUAUUACGUGCCUUGAUAAGGCAGCAUGACGAGAAGAUAGACAUACCACAGGAAGAGGAGGAGCUGACGUUCAUGGACAGUGGUCUUUGA